CAGCGGCAGCGCGGCGGGACGGCAGCGGCGGCAUGUUCAGCUGGCUGGGGAAGCAGGGCGGCGGGCGGGAGCGCGGCGGCGGCGCCGACGUGGUGCAGACGGUGACCGGCGGGCUGCGGGAUCUCUACCUCCGCAAGCUGCUGCCGCUGGAGGAGCACUAUCGCUUCCAUGAGUUCCACUCGCCCGCCCUGGAGGAGGCCGACUUCGAGAACAAGCCCAUGGUGCUGCUGGUGGGGCAGUACAGCACCGGCAAGACCACCUUUAUCCGGUACCUGCUUGAGCAAGACUUUCCAGGCAUGAGGAUUGGUCCAGAGCCUACCACAGAUUCCUUUAUUGCUGUAAUGUAUGGAGAAACAGAAGGAAAUGUUCCUGGAAAUGCCCUGGUUGUUGAUCCUAAGAAGCCAUUCCGGAAACUCAGCCGCUUUGGAAAUGCUUUCCUGAACAGGUUCAUGUGCUCUCAGCUACCCAACGAGGUCCUGAAGAGCAUCAGUAUCAUUGACAGCCCUGGCAUUCUCUCUGGAGAGAAGCAGCGCAUCAGCAGAGGCUACGACUUCUGCCAAGUCCUCCAGUGGUUUGCUGAGAGGGUUGACCGAAUCAUCCUCCUUUUCGAUGCCCAUAAGCUGGAUAUAUCCGAUGAGUUUUCAGAGGCCAUCAAGUCCUUCCGGGGCCAGGAUGACAAGAUCCGAGUGGUGCUCAAUAAGGCUGACCAAGUGGACACGCAGCAGCUGAUGAGGGUCUAUGGUGCUCUCAUGUGGUCCCUGGGAAAGGUGAUCGACACGCCAGAGGUGCUGCGGGUCUACAUUGGCUCCUUCUGGGCCCAUCCUCUCCGAAACACAGACAACCGGAGACUCUUUGAAGCCGAGGCACAGGAUCUUUUCAAGGAUAUCCAGAGUCUCCCACAGAAGGCUGCUGUGAGGAAACUCAAUGAUCUCAUUAAAAGGGCAAGGCUUGCAAAGGUUCAUGCUUAUAUCAUCAGCUAUCUGAAAAAAGAGAUGCCCUCUGUAUUUGGGAAAGAGAAUAAGAAGAAGGAACUGAUCAACAAGUUGCCUGAGAUCUACAUCCAACUGCAAAGGGAACACCAUAUUUCAGCAGGGGACUUCCCUGAAGUCAAGAAAAUGCAGGAGCAGUUGGAGAAUUGUGAUUUCACUAAAUUUCAUUCCUUGAAACCAAAGCUCAUUGAAACUGUGGAUAACAUGCUGGCCAACAAAAUUGCCUCCCUGAUGAACCUGAUCAGACAGGAAGAGAGCAACAUGCCCACAGAGAUGGUACACGGUGGAGCAUUUGAUGGCACCAUGGCAGGACCUUUUGGCCAUGGAUACGGGGAAGGUGCUAAGGAAGGAGCUGAUGAAGAGGAGUGGGUUGUUGCCAAAGACAAACCUGCUUACGAUGAGAUUUUCUACACUCUGUCACCAAUCAAUGGCAAAAUAUCUGGGAUUAGUGCAAAGAAGGAGAUGGUGACUUCUAAACUACCCAAUAGCGUCUUGGGGAAGAUUUGGAAACUUGCAGACUGUGAUGGCGAUGGGAUGUUGGAUGAUGAAGAGUUUGCAUUAGCAAAACACCUCAUCAAGAUUAAACUGGAUGGAUAUGAACUGCCUGGCACACUACCUUCCCACCUGGUGCCACCAUCUCACAGGAAACCUUUCCAGACAGCAGAAUGAACAAUACAAGGAGAAGAGUGAGGAUUUUGAAAUUCCCACAGGAAAUGUGUUGAAAAUACCAAAAUUUGAAGUUAAGCUUAGAUCCUUAAAUCUCACAGCACAUUUCACACAAGCUACUGAAGUUAUGAGCAUGGCAGCAGGGAAACAUUCGUGUCGCUGUCCCUGCUGACCUUCACUCAGACAUGCUUAUCACAAGUGCCUUAUAAUAGCUCUGUCAUAAGGUGAAAAUGUUUUUGUAGUCCUGUGUCCAUGUCUCGCUUUCUUCACAGCCAUCAAGCAGAAAAGAUCAUGCAUAAAAUUUGCUAACCUUCACCAAACCUUAAUACUUAUCAACGCUGUAUCCAAACUAUCCUAAAUAGCACACUGAAGCUCAAAAUGUUAAAUUCACCUGCAUAUGCAAGGAAUAUUUAGAUGCUAAAAAUGUACGUAAGCCAUUGAGUGAACGUAAGCAUCUCUAUAGUCAAAGAAGAGGCUGAUAUAAAAGGAAAUCCUUUUCUUUCUUUUUAUUGUUUAAUUGGAGUUAGGAAAAGAAGAAUGAUGAGGAGAGUCUUGUAAGUGCUCAGAAUAUGAGUAAACUUGUUUUAAAACUUCAGAUUCUAUCUAGAACUGCAAAAUACUAAAUUUUUUUUCAAUCUGUCAUUGUGUCUUAUCUGAAGAAUAGCUUCUUCAGUUUUACACAGCACUACAUAUUCAGUAUUAUCAUUAGAAGAACAGAUCUCUUUUGUUCUUUGUAUUUAUAAUUUUCUUUGCAGUUUAGGCUUAGCUUCUCUGCAGACAGUGAAUUUCUGAAUGGUUCAGAGUGACAGCAGAAUGGUUUCUUAAGCUGAAAAAGCCAUGUUUGCAUUGAACUUAAACCUCACUUUCUGUUCAGAAAAGGUGUAUUGCUCAAAUUCAGCCUCCUCAAAGCACAUCAAAUUGUCUCGGAAUAUUUUCAUUGGUAUGUAAUUUCUAUUUACAGCUAAUUAUACAGUUAUGUCUGUGCAUUUUUAAUAUAUAAUAUAAUUAAGAGAGAUUAUUAACUCUUUUGCCAACAUGUAGCUGACAACCAGAAAAGAGAGAUUCAAUUCUCAUGGUUGCAGAUUUGAAGGAUGGGGAGGUUGACAGAAACUGUUAAAUUGAUUGUAAUAAAUGAUAGACUCAUUCCUCCAAAUAUUACUUCUUUAUUGAAAACAAUCCAUGAAAGGAAUGGGUGCUUAAAUAAACAUUUAUUUUCCAACAACACACAAUCAAAGUUGAACAUACUGUCUGCUUACAACUGAUUUUUAUCAGUACCUUAAAAGAAGGCAAGUCUUUGGCCCUGUGAACUUGAGUCUUUCAGGGAGGGCCAGUUCUUUCCUAAAAUCAUAUUUGGCAGCCAGUUCUGGCCCAUGUGUAUGAGCAGGAAUUUACUUGUAUUCCAUUUGUAAUAGGAAAGACCCUACACAUCAAAGGUACUGUAGUUUUGAGCACUUUCUUGUUAGGUCUCAGUAAGUGGCAGCAGCAAUGCCUUCUGAGACAGAGCAAGCCAAAAAGUGCUUUAACAUCCUUGCAAUAGGGGUGGGGAGGAAAUAGUUUGGAUAUUGUCUCCCAGUGAGGGUUUCAGUCACACUUCCAUGUUCAGUUUUUUGGGUGAUCUAAGAAAAGCCUCGGCUUCUUUCUCCAGAUAAUGUAUUUGUAGGUUGUCAGGUUUAAUGCCUCACAUCUUUCUGGACCUCUCAUCUUUCUACAUCUGUUCUAUUCUGAGGUGCAAUUUCCAUGAACUUUGUCAGGGCACUUGAAUGGGAAAACAAUGAUGCUAUUUUAAGUAAUGGCAGAACACCACCUUUACCUUGCCAGGUUUCUGGGCCUGUAUCAAGGAUGUCCUGGCAGAGUUGAAUUGUUCUGAGAACUCGAUUUUUUUUUUUUUUUUUUUUUUUUUUUUUUUUUUUUUUUGUGGUUGUUUGGUUGGUUGGGUUUUUUUAAUUCUUAGGUGUUUUUCCUAUCAUUCUAGCAUACCAACUUUAUUUUUCUCAGACCUAAAUUAGGAGCCAAAUUAACCUUAGUGCAUCUCUGUGCACUUUAGUAGAGCUGUGAAAUUUGACCCUGAGUCUACCUGUGUGACUGUACAUCUGCAGAGUAACUAUUUUCUAUGUAAUUUAUUUUUGGUUGGGAAAAAAAAAAUAGUCUGUAGACAUUGUGGGUGUUAAGAAAAAGAAAAAGGCUGCAGAAGUAGUAAUGUGUGUUUGUUUGUGGCAGUGUCUGCAGUCAGUACCACUUCAUACACUACUGACCAGCUUAGUACUAGUGACUAGUUAAUCAGGAAAGCCACCAGGAGAAAGAAUGCAAACUUGUGUAUUGUGACUACUGGAGUGUAGGCAAAACUGAGAGGAUCUGGGAAGCUGCUGAUUUUCCCACUCUGCCUUACCUCGCUUUUGAGCAGCACAGGGCUGCAGCAUGGAACUCCUGCUUGAGUUCCCACCACAUGUAGCUUUCAGGGGUGAUGCUCCAGACAUAUUGGAGCCAUGUGAUCCCAUGAAAUUAGAAAUAUCCUCCUUCAGUGAGAAGAGCAGGAUAGUUUCAGUGGUUUUAUUCUAUUUUUCUAGUUUUGUUGGUAGUAAAAUGGAGAGCACAGCCUUUUCCUCAGUCUCUGUGACAAUAUGCUGGCUUGGUCUUAAGGCAGACAAAUUGAAAUACAUCCUUUUGAUAAGUUAAAAAAUUUUGCCUAGAUGGGAUUGUAGUAUUUUGCUUUGUGUUCCUGUAGAAUUUGGAAGAUGAAUGCAUGAAGCAUGUGUAGGAGUAGAGGUGGAUUUUCUCUGGCUGUCUGGGGAAAUAGGAGUGUUUCAUGGUUUGCAUCCACAGCUACAUAAAUCUAUUUCUAGGUAUGUGGUACCUAGGUACCACAUAAAUCUAUUUCUAUGUAUGUGGUACAGUGAACUAGCAUCACACUUAGAAGAUAGGAAUGAAAUACAUUUCAUGGGAACUUUGAACAGCAGUUUCUUGCACAACUAAACUGAUGGAGCAGUUGCUGUUGCUCAGGGGAGGGGUUCUGUUCUCAUCACGUCCUCACAGGCCCGUGGACCUCCCCCGUUUCCCUUGCUGGCUGUUUGCAAGCCCGUUCAGUUAAACCAGCCACACACAAAUGUUUGGGUAAUGUUCUGUGGAGUUAGUGAAGCUGUGUGUUAGAAGCAUGAGGAGUGAGCAGGAUUGCCUUCUCUCAGGAGAGUAUGCUCUAAGUGGUUAUUUUAGCAGCAGUAGGCGGUAAUCCUUGGUGUUGUUUGUUACUAAUGUCUGCUGAAGAAAGGUGAAGAUGUUGAGUUGGUUGGACGUUUUAUGCCUAGGAUUUUAAUAACAUUUUCUGCAAGAUCAUUCAAAGCUGUUUGUAAUUCAUCCUGUGAAAUCUGUGCCCACUGAUGUAGUGUACUGUCUUAAACUAAAGUAGAAACCGCUGCUUCUACCUUUUCUCCAGCUAUUCCACAACACAGUUUCAAUUUACAACCCUUGUUCUAUUCCUUCAAAAAUUAUGAGGUUUUGUUGCAGAUUGAAACAGGAAAUGUGGGGCUACAGUUCCUAACCACAAUACAGGACAUUGAGAGACUUAAAAGCUGUGACAGCUUGAAAUUGGAGAGUUUACAAAGAUUUUUAAGUCAGGAUGAGGUCCCAUUUGUUAAUUGGGUGUGGUGUGGAUUUGUGUGGAACCUGGUCUCAAAGCAGCAGGUAUGUGGUCCCUGGCUUUCAAUAUUGUUCAUUGCCAGCACUUGAAAUGCACCUUCUUUUUUUUUUUUUUCCAUUACUUUCUUCCCUUCACAAUGUACAGUCAUUUUAGUGGCUCUUUAAAUUGUUGGAUCUCAAGCAGAGUUUGAAGUGUGUGGUUUGAUGGAUAUGUGUAUCUUAGCACUGAGGAAUAAUCAUGAACUUCAUUUUCUAUUUCACAUGCUCACCUUUUCUAAUAUUUUUUGUUAAACACUGUUUUCACUUAAAAGGCACUCUGAUUUUUGAGGAAAUGCUUGAUCUGUGCAGUGUGCUUCAGUUUGUCCAACUAGGCAAACAAAGUUGUAAGUUCAUUAUUGUUGCACUUUUAUUACACAGUAAAUUCUUUGCAGAUACUGUAAUAUAUUUUAAUAUGCUUUGUAAUCAUUUUUAGAAAGCGGUGAUAAAAAUUGCUGAUUUAAUAAACUAAUAUUGAACUACCUGA